CUGCGAAGCCGAUUGGACCGGCCGCUCGGCCAAUCGCGCGGGCGGGUGUGAGCGAGCCGAGUUUCGUCCCCGCGCGCGCGCUCGCUCGCUCGGCAGACGCUGCAGCUCGCGGAUCUCGCCAGUCCGGGCUUGUUGGCGGCGCCCCCCUCAGCCACUUCCUCACACAAUGGCUCACUUUAACAGAGGUCCCGCGUACGGUCUGACCGCCGAAGUGCGAAACAAGAUCCUUCAAAAGUAUGACCCCCAGAAAGAAGAGGAAUUACGAGUCUGGAUUGAAGAAGUUACAGGCAGACGCUUGGGUGAGAACUUUCAAAUCAGCCUUAAGGAUGGUGUCAUUCUUUGCAUACUCAUGAACAAGCUGCAACCUGAUUCCAUCAAGAAAAUCAAUGAAUCCAAAUUAAACUGGCACCAGCUGGAGAAUAUCAGUAACUUUAUUAAAGCCAUGCAGAUUUAUGGGAUGAAGCCACAUGACAUUUUUGAAGCGAAUGACCUGUUUGAAAAUGGGAAUCUGACUCAAGUGCAGACGACACUUUUGGCCCUUGCCAGCCUGGCAAAAACUAAAGGCUUUCAGACAAGAAUGGAUAUUGGAGUUAAGUAUGCAGAUAAGCAAGAGAGGCACUUCGAGGAAGAAAAACUGAAGGCUGGACAAAGUGUAAUUGGACUUCAGAUGGGAACCAACAAAUGUGCCAGCCAAGCGGGCAUGACUGCCUAUGGCACUCGAAGACACCUUUAUGAUCCAAAAACUCAUACUGAGAAACCAUAUGAUCAAACAACCAUAAGCCUUCAGAUGGGAACAAACAAAGGCGCAAGUCAGGCUGGCAUGACAGCCCCAGGUACCAGAAGACACAUCUAUGACCAAAAGGUGUCAACAGAGAAGUGUGACACCUCCACAAUAUCAUUGCAGAUGGGCACCAAUAAAGGGGCUUCCCAAACGGGUAUGACUGUAUACGGCCUGGGACGACAAGUGUAUGACUCCAAAUACUGCGCCACCCCAACUGAGCCUGUCAUUCACAAUGGAAGCCAGGGAACGAAUGGCUCAGAGUAUAGCGAUGGAGAUUACCAAGGUGACUAUGCAGGUGAAUACCCAGAUGAGUAUCCUGUAGAGUACCAGGAUGAGUAUCAAGGAGAUUACCGUGGUGAUUACUCUGAUCACGGUGUUGAUUAUUAAUGAUCAGUAUUAUGGCCCAUGAACUAGCUAGACAGCUUUGAUUUUGCUACAGUCUUCCAUGAAUUUAAAGGCCCUAAAGAUUGGAUUCCUGGCUUUUCUGUACACAGCUAAUCCAUAAAUCAGUAUUUUGCUGUCUUGCUUUUCUAGUUUUUCUUUCAUUGCCACGUGCUGGUAACAGUAAUUACCACUUUAAGUACUGGAGAUAAUUGAUUUUCACUCACUUGAAGGAAAAUUCCUAAAAAUCAACUUUUCAGAAUCCGUACCUAGCAUCUCCCCACUUUUUUAAAAUUUGGUGGAUUGAUAUUAUUUACCACAUUUAUACACAUUUUGUUGAAUCUUGAGAACGCCUGAAAUAGUCACUUUUUAGGAUAUCCCUUAAACGAAUGCAACAUAAUUGUUGCACAGAGUUGCUGCCUGUUAUGACACUGUGGCAAUUGAUAAAGUGCUGAAAUCAGUGUAAGUGUGCAUUUACUGCUAGUCACUGUCAUAUUCUUUAGUCGUAUAAUUUUUCUAAUCUUCAUAACCUAAAUUAAUGGGACCAAUGCCUUUUCAAAUACACAACCUUAAGUGAACACAAAGCCAAGAUGAAAAUCAUGUUUGUUAAGGUGGAUUAUAGCCCUUAAUGUUUGUAAUGAUCAAUUUUCAAUUUCUCUGUAUAAGAUUUUUUUUUAACUGUGCCAUUCAACACACUUGUGGUAAAGGGCUCAAAGCUUAACUUUGUUAAAUGGUUAAUCAUGCCUUAAACCUUUACAUCCUGGAAUGCUGAACAACAAAACUAGUUAUGCAGUAUGAAAGUAGCAAACACUUUUACAUCUUUAUGUAAUGCAUUGUUGGGAUCGUUGGGGCUUUGUGUGUAUGAAGAGACUAUAGCUCGUGACCGAAAACUGAAAUGUUCCUUUCACUAUCAUUAACCGAUUGGGCAAAGCAGGUUGCAAAUUUAGGUGACUGAAUAAAUGCCUGUACUAAAAAGGGACAGUACAAAUGCUGUAUGCUUUCUCAUUUUUGCUAUAGAUUAAAUGUAUUUUACUUAUGUGCCAUAUUUUAUCCAUGUAGGAAUUCUCUCCUCAUUUUUGUAUUUAUUGCCAUUUUCUUUGGCAUAAGUCUUUGUGUAUGGUCCAUUUUUUUGUGAAUAAAAAAUUACUAUAGAAACAA